CGGCGGUCGGCGCGCGCGCCACUCGCUCACAGACCGCCGCGCGCGCAGCACCCAUGAUCCUCCCCGCGCGAACCAUGUCGCCGCACGGCGUGUACCACCCGCCCGCGCACGCGCAGCCCGACGAGGAACCCGUCUCCCGCACCUACCAGUACCGCAAGGUCAUGAAGCCCAUGCUCGAACGAAAACGACGAGCCCGCAUCAACCGCUGCCUCGACGAACUCAAGGAUCUCAUGGUCACCGCACUCCAGGCCGAAGGCGAAAACGUCUCCAAACUAGAAAAAGCAGACAUCCUCGAACUCACCGUCCGACACCUCCACAGCCUCAAACGCCGAGGCCAGCUCGUCCUGAAACCCGAAAUGUCUUAUGCGGAACGCUUCCGCGCCGGAUUCACGCAGUGUGCAACGGAAGUGUCACAGUUUAUCGCGAACGCCACGCUAGCAGCGAACGCUAUGCAGCGGCAGGGGCCGGUGGACCCGCAGGCCGGCGCGAGGUUGUUGCAGCACCUGAGCAACUGUAUCAGGAGGUUGGAGAACCCUCAAGUGGUGCAGCCGCAGCCGAUCGCUCCUAAUGGGGUGGCGCGGCCGACGCCGCUGCAGCCGAUAGCGCCGGCGCCGCCGCCGCAGCCGGCGCCGGGGCAGCAGCCGGCGCCGCAGAGGACGGCGCUGCCGGAGCGGGGCCUCAAGAGGCCGGCGGAGCCGCUGGACGCUGAAGCGGCGCUCGCCAAGCGUGCGUACGCGCCGCCCUCCCCGCCGCACAGCCCCGCCUCCGAGACCGACUCCGCCCAGUCGAUGUGGCGGCCCUGGUGACCGCCUGGUGCCUCAUGAUCUCCGAACAGACUGUGCCUCGAUGUGUGAUAAUCACAAACGUUGUUUUGUUUUACGUUCCUAGAACCGAUGUGUUGACCCGUUGCAUGAGCGCUCGCUUUGCUUGUUGAACUUUGAGUUUUGUUUUCUAAUUUAAAUAAAAUAAGUUUUUGUUUUAA